AGUGCCAACUACGAGCCCGCCACACGAUACAUCGAUACGAUAAAUCGCCAGUCAGUGUGUUCCGAGUGUGUGUGGGGAACGUGCUUUCGUUGCGGGACGGUCCUUUGUCUAGUAUUCCAUCAAAUUUCUCAUUAAUAUGAGCGCCCUCAAUGUCUUACUACAAGCAGCAGAAUAUAUAGAACGACGAGAGAGAGAAGCUGAACAUGGUUACGCCUCGACCGCGCGAAUUCCCGAUGAUCUCAGAAGUGCUUCAAAAAGGCCAAAGAAUAAAAAAUCUCAGGGCAAUAGGACAUCUCACAACGAACUGGAAAAAAAUAGGCGCGCACAUCUGCGAAACUGCUUAGAAAUACUUAAGGAAAUAGUACCGCUGGGUCCCGAAGCAUCUAGACACACAACACUAGGACUUUUAACGAAGGCUAAAAGGUUUAUUAAGAAUCUUGAAGACAAAGACCGUAAACACACAACGCACAAAGAACAGUUGAAUCGCGAACAGAGAUUUCUUAGGCGACGACUGGAACAGCUGUCUCAAAAUUAUGCGUUGUCAAAAAGGCGCUCCUUGUCGGAGUGCUCAUCAUCAACGGUUUCAAGUAACCAUUCUACGGCAUCACUUUCAUCGGCGCCAUCACCUAUUUCCGAAUCGGACGAAGUGGACGUCAUCGGUUACACGAGCACCCAGAGUGACACCGACGACCACUCCAGCGUGCAGUCGACGUCCAGCGACAGCGGAGUGGCGAUGUCGACCAGCCGCCUUACGUUAUCGGAGAUGGACGUCAUGGACGUGCUGUAGACCGACGGACGGACAACGUGCCCAGGCCGGGCCGCAGACGCAGACGCGCCUCCACCCAGUAUAUUACAAAGCCGCCUUGAAGAUGGCACCCGCGCGACGUGUUUGCCCUAGUCAACGAACACAUCUUUGUCUGUCUGUUGUCUGUCGUCUGUCUCUAAGCCACAUCCAAAUUAUCAUCGUAUUCACAAUAUAAAUUAUUAUUUAUGUACAUUGUAAAUAUUUUAAAUCUAAAUCAGAGUAUGAAUAGUGUUAUUAUUAUACCGAGGCGACCUGACUGCCUGCGGGCCGCGCGCGCAUUUUCUUAUACCUCGUUCGUUCGACCCGUUUCACGUUGACAUUACUUAACCCCACUCUUACUUAGUUAGUUAACCAUUAACCCCUCAACCACCCACAAAUAACAAUUCUUUUAUUCAACAAAAUGUUGAGAUGGAUCGAGAAUUGUUUUUUUUUGGCUGGUCGUCAUUGCAAUGAAUUAAUUUAUCGGUAAUGGGUUGUUAUAGAUGAGCUCGGCCAGUUUGGGGCUCUAGAGAAGUCUGCAGCGCUCGCGUGCCCAUGAGUGCUCUCAGAGCACACUAAAUCAACUCCCCGGGGAGUAAAAACUUUAAUUAUAAUUUGUAAAAAGAACAAAUACUGUACAGUGUGUUUACAAAAAACAAACAAAACGGCGUGGACGGCGGGCCAUCCACAACUUCAGAUCUCAAGCCCGCCGUCGCCACCCCACCAUCGGUUAGCAUUCAAAGAGUACAAAUUCUUUAUACGCUUCCGGCUUUGGGGCCGGGGGCCUUAUAUUUUAUAAGCCGUGGACAGGUCGGGGUGUCGGCCGCGACCCGUCUUCGCAAGAACUGAGCCUCUUUUCAUUAGGCGUGAAUGAGUUAAUAGAUGCAUGUUUGAGAGAUUGACAGGUGAUUGCACGGUGUUGUUAUUACAAAUACAAUGUAAGCGACGAGGUGCGGGCGGCGCAGUCCCGCGCCACCCCGCGGGGUCCUCCAUGACUAUUAUAUUCACUUAUUUUUGUAAAGUACUCGAGUUUUUUGAGAUAGUCUGUCCGUACUGUCGCGGCCGGCGACCGCGGCGCCAUCUCGUCGCACAUUUUCUAUAAAUGUCCGCUUCUCUUAGCCAACAGUUUGCAAAUCUAUAGGAUUCUUUCAAUGUCUGUUUACUUAUACAUCAAAAUGCUUUUUUGCAAAACGUAAUAAAUAUGAAUGUAUAUUACUGAUCACUUGUGUUAUAUCUGACUGACGUGGUGGCAGCAAUAUGAAUUGAUACAGUGUUGAUUAUUGCCACAUCCAAGUCGAUGAUACUUGAAUGUCUAUACGUGUCUCUUAGAUAAGUUAGGGUGUAGGUAAUUCCCACCUUCAAGACAUCUUGCUGCUUUAUGUUUAGGACAGUCGCUUCCCUCCUUACGGUAACGGUUCGCCACCCUGGAAAAUGCUCUCCUCUUGUACCUGUCGGCACAAAUACGAUAUUUACCAUAAAUACAACAGAUUUUCAAAACUGAUUGACGUGGAUAUUUAUUUUUCAAUCAUUUAGAACCAUUCCAUUUUGUGCCCAAUCCAUUUGAAAGGUGUAUCGACUCGUUACCAAAACCUAGUUAUUAGAUCAGCACUCCUGUCACCUGCAUCAACUCUUCAUUGGCUGUAUGAGAUAAUUAAUUGUACAUAAAUACUUGUAACUAUUCAUAUUGCAUUGUUCUUAUGUUUUAUCAUUAUUUUUCAAUUCUAUACAAAUAAAAAUUUGUGUACUAUUAGUUA